AUGGAGACAUCGGUUCCGGUGCCAAAACUGGCACCACCACCAAAACCCCCUCAGGAGGGGAGUGCAAGAAGUAACAAAGCGGAUGAUGGUAGGGGAAAGAAAAAUAUCAGGGCAAGCAAUCUUCUCCAGAAUUCAUGUGAAGGCGGUAUUUCGUAUAGGAACAUUGUCACAGGUGAACAUGGAGGGGUGGAGGGUGAAGAAGAUGAAGAGGAGAUAGAGAUGCUGGAUCAGGAGGAAUUGGAGGGUACCAAUGGUGAUCGUGAAGGAAUUACGGUUAAACAAGGUAAGAGAGGAGGAUAUGAUUGCCCACGGAUCAUAUUAUCCAAAAUGGAGGAAAAAAGAAUACAAAGGCCAUGGCGGAGGGGGGUGAUUGUGAAGCUUUUGGGAAGGAAGAUUGGUUACAAGGCCCUGGAAAACAGAUUGCAACAGAUGUGGGUGAGGAAAGGGAUCAUACGCAUCAUUGAUUUAGGGCAUGAUUAUUAUCUGGUGUGCUUUACACAUGAAGAGGACAAGAAUGCAGCUAUGGCAGAUGGACCAUGGUUCAUAUAUGAUCAUUACUUGACAGUUAAGGAGUGGACUCCAGAUUUUCAUCCUGAAAAUGAUUCCAUUGUGAAUGUUGCGGUGUGGAUCAGAAUUUCAGGCCUACCAGUUGAGUAUUACGAUCUGAAGGUUUUGCAAGUGAUUGGAAAUUUGGUUGGUCGAACAGUAAAAGUAGACAAGAAUACGCUACAAAGUGAAAGAGGUAAGUAUGCAAGGAUAUGUGUUGAAGUUGAUAUCUCGAAACCGCUUCUUGCAAUGUUUGAGUUGAAAGAUAAGAGUUAUAGGGUUGAAUUCGAGGGACUGCAUCUACUAUGUAUUUUGUGUGGAAAAUUUGGUCACUAUAAGGAGGGGUGCUCCUUGAUGAAAAAUGGGAAGGGUCCGACCUUGAGUGUCAAUGAACAAAGUCAUGGUGUAGGCACAACCUCAAAUGGGAAGAAAGUAGUAACAGAUGUGAAGGGACAAGAAGAUGACCCUUGGCAGGUAGUGCAAAAGCAACGAAGAAUUCGAAAGAUGCCGGAGUCCAAAAAGAAAGUUCCGGCGACGGGAUCUUGGCUGGCCAAGGCGGGAUCACGGUUUCAGGCGCUAGGGACAGACAUGGGAGAAACUAGUGGAGUUGUUAAGGAAAGUAAUAAUGGGAGGGAGCUGAAUAAGGAAAAUAUGGAUGGUAUUAAAAUAAUGACAAAAAUAAUAUUGAGGUAUUUAUGGAGACGGCAAGGAAUAAUGAUGCUAUUAUUAGCACAGUCAAAGGGCAUGAUAAGGCAAUGA